AUCCCAUCGAGGGCUUUUUCGUUGCGAGGCCGGCUGGGCGACUCGGUUGGAAUUCCGAACAGAUUUGGUGCCGUGACCCUCGGAUUGUUUAAAGGUGAUCGAACAGGAGGAGGACCAAAGGCCACAUCUGUCUGCGCAAAGACAUCUGGACUUUGGCCUGUUUUACUGCCGCUUCCCCGCCCCACCCCCCAAAACCGGAAACCAGCGCACACUUCCUCUAGCCGUUCAGCAUAUGUUUUCUGUUGCAAUGACAGCUUACAAAGAGGGUCCACACCGGAGGGAUUAGGAUGGAGUGAAAUCGCCAAACAUCUGGACGAUGCAAAACCGUUUGGCGUGUUCGAAAAAUCAUCCAUAAAGAAUGAAAUGCACACAAAGGAGCGGUACGAAAGAUGAUAGCGGACUCGUACGGCUACGAGAGGCCUCUGGUCAUCCGCAUCUCCUUCACCGCGUGUGCCCUGGGCACCGUCAGCCUGCCGCUGUUGGCCCUUGUAAUCUGCGUCCUCAUCUCCUCCGUCUUUCACUUUGAGGACUCCACCGGCACACACUGCAAGGUUCCCAACUACCUGCCGUCCAUCAGCGCCUCCAUCAGCCUGAGCCCCGAGCGCCACAUCUGGCGCUUCUGCGUGGGCCUGCACUCUGCGCCCAGGCUCCUGGUGGCCUUCACCUACUUCAAGUUCUACCAGGUGCGCUUUUCCGCCCGGCUGCCCGAGCGCUCGCUGGCCUACCUCAGCCUGGCCUUCUCCGUCUCCGAGAACCUCGGCCUGCUGCUGCUCACCUACGUGUCGUCCAACGAGACCUACUAUGUCCACAAGGAAGGCUUCAUCCUCUUCAUUCUGAGCUCGUUCAUCUACAUGCUCAUAACGUGUCGCUUGUGGAAGGCCGUCAAGAAGUGUUCGUUAAAUCCCGAGGAUGCCAAAUCCCAUCACUGGAAAGUGCGUUUCUUACUCCUCAAAUUGUGCUUCUGCGCUUUCGCCGGAUUCUUUUACAUCAAACACAACUUGUACUGUGAGUCGGGGAGUUACACAUUGUUUGCCCUGUUCGAGUAUCUCGUCGUCUUCUCCAACAUGGCCUUUCACCUCACGGCGGCGUGGGACUUCAGGAGCCGCGAGGUGAUGAUCAUUUCCUCCUCCGAGGACAAGAACUUCUAACUCGAGACCCCCCAAGGACUCAGCGAGACCUACGUCGAAGACCGGGUCACUGAGGAAGAACGCCACCACUGAGGCCUUUUUCCCCCCCACACGUGAUGAGUUGACGUAGAGUAGAUGCACGGAGGUUAGAGGACGAAUGUCGACCUGCCAGGAUGCUCAAAGGUUCUCCGUCUCGCCCAAAUAUUGACGUGCUGCUGCUUGUUUUGUUUACUUGUGCAGAGUCUCACAGUGACGUGUAAGUGCAAAGUCCACAGUGAUCACAGUGUGCCAAAGUAUUGCUCUCAAGUUAAAAAAGCGACAAUAAAAAUGUAUUGCACAGUG